UUUAUCUGCCCAAAAUGGAGAAAACCUUUAUUUAUACACUUGUUCUCGUAUCAUUUCUCAUCCAAGGAGUAGUCGAAGGAAACAUUGGCGUAAACUAUGGCACAGUGGCCGAUAAUUUACCACCGCCUUCACAAGUGGCGCGUUUCCUCCUUGAUAACACCAUUAUCAACCGUGUCAAGCUCUACGACACCAACCAAGAAAUCCUAAAAGCCUUUGCUCACAUGGGAAUCGAAAUCACUGUCGCGGUCCCAAACAAUUUAAUCCCACAUCUAGCAAGCCUCAAGUUCUCCCAACAAUGGGUCAAAACAAACAUCGUACCUCACGUUCCCGCCACCAACAUAGUCCGUAUUCUCGUUGGAAACGAAGUCAUUUCCACCACCGAUCACUCGAUAGCCUCUCGCCUCGUUCUAGCAUUGCAGACCCUCCACGUGGCUCUAGUUGGAGAGGAUCUUGACCGUAGAAUUAAGGUUUCGACACCACAUUCGUUAGGUAUCCUCUCAUCCUCAAGCCCACCAUCGUCCGGGAGAUUCAAACAAGAGAAUGUAGCUUUGAUCAAACAAUUGCUCGGGUUUUUACAAGCAACGGGUUCACCGUUCAUGAUUAAUCCAUACCCAUUCUUCGGAUACUCGGGUGACACACUCGAUUACGCCAUGUUUAGGCCCAACUCAGGGGUGUUCGAUGAAAUGUCUGAUCACAAAUACACAAACAUGUUGGAUGCUCAACUAGAUGCCACUUAUUCAGCUAUGAAGCAGCUCGGUUUUGAAGAUGUUGAGCUCGUUAUCGCGGAGACUGGGUGGCCGUCAAAAGGCGAUCCGGGCCAGGCCCACGUUGACACAGAGAGUGCUAGUGAAUUCAAUGGAAAACUGAUCAAACAUGUUAUGUCAGGUCUAGGCACACCACUCAUGCCCAAUAAAACCUUUGAAACAUACAUUUUUGCUCUCUUUAAUGAAAAUCUAAAGCCCGGCCCGACUUCCGAGAGAAACUUCGGGCUUUUCAAACCCGAUAUGACACCCGUCUAUCACGUUGACAUCUUUAGACACAAUGGCGGAUCAACUUCGCCAACAAAUUGGAACCCAGACAGAGGGGUACCAGUGAGGUCACCAGUACCCAAAACCAAUGGAGGAAAAACAUGGUGUAUUCCAAAAACCGGAGCUAGUGAAAAGAUUUUGCAAGCGAAUAUCGACUACGUAUGUGGGCUUGGACUUGACUGCCAGCCCAUACUCGAGGGUGGGAGAUGCUUUUAUCCCAACUCGGUCCAUGCCCAUGCGGCCUAUGCCAUGAAUGCGUAUUACCAAGCCACCGGACGACAUGAGUAUGAUUGUGACUUUCGUGGAACCGGAUUCAUAACUCCGAGCAAUCCAAGUUAUGGAAGAUGCAAAUAUUAGAGCAAAGUACAAGGAGGAAGGUUUACAUGUUGUAUUCUAUAAUAUGUCGAACUUUAACAUCGCACUCGUAAAGGUUUGUUGUGCACGUUACGGUAUCUGCCUCGUUAUAUUAAUAAUUAAGAUAUUUCUAUGUAAGUUAAUAAUUUUGUAUAUAAACUGUAUAUUUGUCGCAUGAGUUCAUAUUGUUUUUAAUGAAUACCUUAGGGAUAUGUCACUUGUGUCGUGUUAA